AUGCCACCCCAAAAACUCUCAGAAAGCUCUUGUACAAAAACCAUUCUUCAUGGAAUUUCAAAAGAACAUCCAAUUGCUGUGUUAGCACUCUCUUUGAAGAGAGACAGAGAAUAUCUCAGAAGAGCGAGGCAACCACGACUUAGUAUAAUCACGACUCUAAAUGCAGACUUUGGGUUUAGCCCUCGAACAACUGUUCUUGGGAUCCCUCGCGAAGUAGGUUCGCCUACCCCGCGGGUUGAUUUUUUUGGACCGCGUCCCCGGGGUUAUCCGGGAGCGCAAAGUUUACGGUGCUAUGUUCGGUAUCCUCUUUCAGGGUGUGGCUCUUGGGUUCUUUCCUCAUUGUGCUUCUGUCGGACCCGCCGCUCGUUACAUGGAGAUACUUAG